UGAAAGUGUUUGCUUCUUAUUCAAGUAGUUAUGUCAGGACGUGGGAAACAAGGCGGUAAGGCUCGCGCCAAGGCCAAGACCCGCUCGUCUCGGGCUGGACUCCAGUUUCCUGUUGGCCGAGUGCACCGCCUACUUCGUAAAGGCAACUAUUCCGAGCGAGUGGGAGCUGGCGCGCCGGUGUACCUGGCGGCGGUGCUGGAGUACCUGACGGCCGAGAUCCUGGAGCUGGCGGGCAACGCGGCCCGCGACAACAAGAAGACGCGCAUCAUCCCGCGCCACCUGCAGCUGGCCAUCCGCAACGACGAGGAGCUCAACAAGCUGCUGGGGCGCGUUACCAUCGCGCAGGGUGGAGUCUUGCCUAAUAUUCAGGCGGUGCUCCUGCCAAAGAAGACCGAGAGCCACCAUAAGGCUAAGGGCAAGUAAAAUGUGUUUUUGGUACAGGCCGUCUUUUGGUCCGUUACCAAAAAAAAAAAGAAAA